AUGUCUACAAGUGCGACUCCCGGGGCUUCUGCUUCCCCAGAAAACUCGUCACGAAAGAGAAAGCAAGCGUAUAACAUAGCCAGUCUCAGCACCGACCUGGUCGCAAACGUAGCCGAGGCCUCUGAUAUACUUGCCCCUCUCAAGGCAGCCUGUCGAGCAACAAAGUCAAUUAUCGAUGUUAUACAGGCUAUCGACGACAACCAAGAAGAAUGGAGCGACCUAGUACAGCGUUUGGAAGAAUACAUGUCCGCUAUUCAGGACCAAAUCGACUUGUUCGAAGACUAUCCUGCGGAAGAUAGAGCCGUCGACAAAGCCUUUAGUCAACCGCUCAUUCGUUAUGUGGAGUUUCUCGAGAGUCUUUAUACGACUGCCGUCAACCAUAGGGGUGAGCAAAGUCGCGGUAGUCGUGGUGCAUUUACUGCGAUCAGCAAGACAAGGCUCGAUGCAGGGAUGAUCCAUGAACUCAAUCUUGAUAUUGAGGAUCGACAUAGGCAGUUCACGGAGGCGUUGACCGUGUUUACUGCACUCCGUAUUCAAGCAAUCGAACGGAAUACCAAGGCUACCAAGUCCAAGGUGGGAACUAUCCUGACGGAUGUCGACGCAAAUGCUAUACUCCAGCUGCCCAUGGCUGCAUUUGUCGCAUCUUCGGUUCAUGGUACCUGUAUGCAAGGAACUCGAGAGUCUGUUCUUCAAACGAUCAUGUACUGGGCCGAGGACGACUCAAGGGAGAAACCGAUAUUCUGGCUGUGUGACAUAGCCGGCUCUGGCAAAUCAACAGUAGCAAUGUCUGUAGCAGAGACCUGGCGUACAGAGGGAGCACUCGGAGGCCAGUUCUUCUUCUCUAUGGCCAGCAGCGAAGCGUCGAACACAGAAAAGUUCUGCUCGACUAUGGCGAGAGACCUCGUCCAUCAUAUUCCCUCACUCGCACCGUACGUCGCAGAAGCCGUCAAGCAUGGCCCUUCUGUGAUGCGAAGUUCACUGGGGGAGCAGUUUCGCACACUCAUCAUCGGUCCACUUCGUCAUCGAAAGGAGCCGGUGAUCCUCCUUAUCGACGCGCUCGACGAAUGCAAGUCUCCAUCACAACGAAAAGAACUUCUGGACACGCUUGCGAUGGCCACUCAAGAAAGCAAGAACCUCAAGGUAUUCAUCACGAGUCGACCGGACUCAAUCAUCGAAUCAGUUUUGCAGCCUCUUUCGAUCAAAUCAAAGCUGGAAGACCGCCUCCAUGAUGUCAAUCAUCAUGAUACUAUCAGUGACAUCGCGCUCUAUGUACAUCAGUCACUAGAGGGAGUUCUACCGCACAAUAAGAGGCAAAGGCUGGUUCAAAAAGCCAAUGGGCUGUUCAUAUGGGCGAGUACUGCGUGCCGGAUGCUCACCAGCGAGACGAUGCUGAGCCCACCCGAGGACAUCUAUGACCGUCUCAUAUCCAUGGAUCAAGUUGGAGCCAUAGACGACGUAUACGAUCUCGUCUUCGAGCGCAUGGACUCGCAAUACCACGCGGUCAUGUGUGAAAUGCUCGCACUGCUACUCGCAGCAUUCGAGCCACUUACGGUCGAUGACCUAGACGAUCUUCUGAGACACUCUAAAGUACGCGGAAGGACCGAGGCGUUGGUCAAGAAUCUGGGAAGCGUACUUGCCAAGGAUGUUGGGUCCAAUCUUAUCCAAUUUCGUCACCCAACGCUGGUUGAAUACCUUCGACGGUGUUCGAUUGUUCCAGUCUUCGGAAGGCGUACAAAACUCUAUCUGAACCUCGCCAAUGCGCAUGGCCAAACCGCAUCAUGGUGUUUCAAACAUCUGAUGUCGCGGACAGGUCUCAAGUUCAACAUAUGUCAAAUCGAGUCCUCCUUCUACCUAAACAGGGAGAUCCCAAACCUUAGUGCCAAAAUAACGAGGUUCAUCUCGAAAAGGCUUCAAUACGCCAGCUCCCAUUGGCUGCUUCAUUUGGUCAGAGCAGACGAGAAAUGGCAAUGCAAACUCGAGAAGGAGCUUCGACAAAUCACUCAGGUUCCACAUAUAUUACACUGGAUGGAGGUCCUGAGUGUGAUCGGAGGAGUACCACGAGCGAUCGGCGGUCUCCGAGCUGUGUCGCGCUGUUCAAAGCUUGAGGAACAGAUUAAAAGCGGCAUCACCGACAUUCAACGUUUUAUGAUGGCGUUUUCGGUGCCGAUUCAGGACAGUGUACCGCACAUCUACAUCUCGGCACUUCCAUUUACUCCUACAAAGUCGAAGCUGCGAAAUGAAGGGUUAACGGAGUAUGUAAAUACGCUCAGUGUGACUCGAGGGCUUGAGGAGAGGUAUCCUGGGCUCCCUAGUAGCCUUAAAGGACACGAAUCCAAUGUGACCUGUGUUGCAUUCUCGCCAGACAGCUCGCGAGUUAUCUCUGGCUCAGAAGACAACACUGUUCGACUUUGGGACGCAGAGACUGGUCAGCCAUUGGGCGAGCCACUCCGAGGUCACAGUAGCCGGGUCAAUGCCGUCACGUGCUCGCCAGACGGCUCACGAAUUGCCUCUGGCUCAUCCGAUUGCACGAUUCGAAUCUGGGGUGCAGAGUCCGGACAACCCUUGGGAGAGCCAUUCCGAGGUCACGUUCGCUCAGUAGAUGCUGUUGCAUUUUCACCGGACGGCUCAAGAAUUGUCUCUGGCUCAUUUGACGAGACCAUUCGACUUUGGGACGCAGAAACUGGUCAGCCAUUAGGGGAGCCACUCCGAGGUCACAUCGGGUGGGUCAGGGCCGUUGCGUUCUCCCCGGACGCCUCACGAAUUGUCUCUGGCUCAUACGACAUGACCAUUCGAAUUUGGGAUGCGGAGACUGGUCAGCCAUUAGGCGACCCACUUCAAGGUCAUAGCUCCCGGGUUAGCGCCGUUUCCUUUUCGCCAGACGGCUCGCGAAUUGUCUCUGGUUCCUGGGAUGAUACAAUUCGGCUUUGGGAUGCAAAGACUGGUCAGCCAUUGGGAGAGCCACUCCGAGGUCACAGCGACAGGGUCACCGCCACUGCGUUCUCGCCAGACGGCUCACGAAUCGUUUCGAGCUCAUGGGACAAAACGAUUCGAAUUUGGGAUGAAGCAACUGGUCAGCAGUUGGUAGAACCACUUCGAGGUCAUAGCAAUCGGAUCACUGCAGUGGCAUUCUCUCCAGAUGGCUCACGAAUCGUGUCUGGGGCGGAUGACAAUACAGUCCGACUUUGGGACGCAGACAAGGGUCAGGAAUUGGGGGAGUUACUCCAAAUUCACGACAAACCUGUCAGUUGUGUCGCUUUCUCGCCAGACGGCUUACGAAUCGUCUCUGGCUCAGACGACGACACGAUUCAAUUUUGGGACACAGAGACCGGUCAGCCGUUAGGAGAUCGACUCCGAGGUCACAAUAGCUGGGUCAACUCCGUUACCUUCUCACCGGACGGCUCGCGAAUCGUCUCUGGCUCGAGGGACUGUACAAUUCGACUGUGGGACGCAGCGACUGGUCAGUCAUUGGCAACGCCAUUCCGGGGUCACAGUAACUCGGUCAACACCAUUGCAUUCUCGCCAGACGGUUCACGAAUCGUCUCCGGUUCUAACGACUGCACAAUUCGACUUUGGGAUGCAAAGACUGGUCAGUCGCUGGGGAAGCCAUUUCAAGGCCACAGCAGGCGGGUCAGCAUGGUUGCGUUCUCGCCAGACGGUUCACAAAUUGCCUCGAGCUCGGACGAUAGUACAAUUCGACUUUGGAACGCACAGACUUGUGAGCAAUUGGGAGAGCCACUCCGAGGUCAUAUCGAGUGGGUCAGGGCCGUUGCGUUCUCCCCAGACGGCUCACGAAUAGUUUCUGGCUCGGUGGACUACACGGUUCGACUGUGGAAUGCAAAGAAUGGUCAGCCAUUGGGAGAGCCACUCCGUGGUCAUACUCAAUGGGUCAACGCUGUUGCAUUCUCGCCAGAUGGCUCACGAAUCGUCUCCGGCUCGUCCGACUGGACGAUUCGACUUUGGGACACAGAGACUGGUCAGCCGUUGGGAAAGCCGCUCCGAGGUCACAGUAGCUGGAUCAACGCCGUUGCAUUUUCGCCAGACGGCUCGAAAAUCGUAUCUGGCUCGAACGACAAAACGAUCCGAACGUGGGAUGUAAGCUCUAAUGCAAACUUGAAUAUUCUGGAGCGGGAUGUCAGAGACUUCGGACGUUCAGAUCCCACGGAAAAUGUCACAAAUACUGCUCUAGGGUCCCUUGUACCUGGAUUCGAGGAGUGUACACUUUUGCACGAUGGAUGGGUGCAAUCCUCCGGAAACUAUCUCUUCUGGGUACCGCCAGACAAUCGACACGGAUUACAAUACCCGGAUUUCCUUUUGACUAUGCCAACAGCAGUCCCUUUGCGCGCAACCAGACUCGAUUUCACCCGCUUUCAAUGUGGAGACUCAUGGACAAACGUUCGAAGAGACUCCAACCCGUAA